AACAAGGAGAACAGGAGAAACAGGCGAACAGGGGAACAAGAGGAACAGGGGAACAGAGGAACAAGGAAAACAGGGGAAAUAGGGAACAGAGGGAAUAGGGGAACAAGGAGAACAGGAGAAACAGGCGAACAGGGAAACAGGGGGAACAAGGGUAACAGAGGAACAGGGGGGACAGGGAGAACAAGGGAACAGGAGGAACAGGGGAACAGGGGCAACAGGCGAAACAGGGUGAACGAAGGGAACAGGGUAACAGGGAGAACAAGAGAAAAGGGGAUACAGGGGAACAGGGGGAACAAGGCAAACAGUUGAGCAGAGGAACAAGGGGAACAUGGGGAAUAGGGGAACAAGGAGAACAGGAGAAACAGGCGAACAGGGGAACAAGAGGAACAGGGGAACAGAGGAACAAGGAAAACAGGGGAAAUGGGGAACAGGGGGAAUAGGGGAACAAGGAGAAAAGUAGGGACAGGUGCACAGGGGAAUAAGGGAACAGGUGAAAAGAGAAAACAGGGACAACAGGUGUUCAGGGUUAAGGGGGAACAAUGGCAUUAGGGAGAACAGGGGAAAGGGGGAACAAGGGAACCGGGGGAGCAGGGGAACAGAGAGAAAGGGGUAACAAGGAGAACAGGGGGGAUAGGGGAACCAUGGAAACAGGGGGAACAGGUGAACAGAGGAACAACAGAAACAGGAGAAAUGGGGAACAGGGAGAAUAGGGGAACAAGGAGAACAGGAGGAAUGGGGGGACAAGGGGAACAGGGAGAACAGGUGAAAAAGAGCAGAACACGGGAACAGGGACAAGAGGGGGUUAGGGUUGGGGGAACAAUGGGGAACAGGGAGAACAGGGGAACAAGGGGAACAGGAGGAACAGGGGGAGAAGGGGGACAGGAGAACAGAGGAAAAGUGGUAACAGGGAGAACAGGGGAACAGGGAGAAAAGAGGGAACAGGCAAGAAAGGGUGAACAGGAAAACAUGGGAACAGGGAGAAAAGGGGGAACAGGCAAGAAAGGGUGAACAGGAAAACACGCGAACAGGAAGAACAGGGGAACAGGAGAACAAGGGGAACAAGGGGAACAGGGGGAACAAGGGGAA